CCAUUCUCAACUUAGUGCAGUCGGCUAUAAAGCGGUAAACCGUACGCUGGAGCUCUUCAUUCAUAUUUCUGAACUCAAACGGUGAGCACAUUCCGAACGUGUAUUGUGGCAUUCAGUGAUAGCUAAAACUAAAGGUGUUCUUGUGAAUUCUUUUUUACCUAAACGGUACAUUAAAAUAUUUGUUCAGACGAUAAAACUAUUUAAAAGCUUUUAUUCAAAUCAUACAAACAAACAAUUAAACAAACACAUUUGUGGCACUUGCAAGCUCACAAUCAACGUCAUUAUCAGAAGUUUCCGCCUGGGUCAUCAAUAACGUAUAAAAAUGCAACAUUUUUCGCCUAUUUAUUAUUUAGCAGUAAUAUUUAUCGCUGUAUUGGUCACACACAGCGAAGCAAAACCAGGUGGAUGUGCACUUUACGGUCAUUCCUGUUAUGGUGGCCACGGAAAACGAUCUGACGUACCGCGAGUCGAUAUGUUAUCUUUGGAAACGCCUCAGGACAAACCAUAUUCAAAUAUAAACAAAGAAAUUUUCUAUCCCACAAACAAUGAACUGAAUGGAGUCAAUCAAAUAGAUUCAAACAAUGAGAAUCGUUGGAAAUCAAGAAAUGAGUUCAACUUCGCUUUAUUCAAUUUGCUAAGACGAUGGAUUGACGAUGCAAAAAAGGGUUCGGAAGAAGUACAACAACAAACGCCAGAAGCGGAUACAAUCUUUAAAAACACCUUCGUCUGAACGUAAAUUGGACCGAACCUGUAUCCAGCACAAUCGACAAAUAUCUAGAAGUUUAAUGUAUAUUUUA